UUCCCCACGAUUUUAUCUUUCCUCUUCUUCACGCCACCAAUUUCCUUUCACUGAUCCAAACGCCAAAUAGCGCCUCUCUUUUUUUUUUCCUCUCUGUUUUCUUUCAGGGAACUUGAACAAUAAGUUAUCUGGUUUGACCGUUUAUAAGCAUUACAAAAUGUUUUUCGAUGGAUAUGGCUAUCAUGGGACAUCGUUUGAGCAGAGUUACCGAUGUUACCCUGCAUCUUUCAUUGAAAAGUCACAAAUUGAAAGCGGAGAUAAAAUUAUAAUGCCUCCAUCCGCCCUUGAUCGCUUAGCAUCUCUGCAUAUUGAUUAUCCAAUGUUAUUUGAACUCCGGAAUGAUGCUGCUGAGCGUGUUUCUCAUUGUGGAGUGCUAGAGUUUAUUGCAGAAGAAGGCAUGAUCUAUAUGCCAUAUUGGAUGAUGGAGAAUUUGCUCCUACAAGAGGGAGAUAUUGUGAGGGUGAAAAAUGUAACUCUUCCAAAGGGAACCUAUGUUAAAUUGCAACCCCACACAAAGGACUUUUUGGAUAUUUCAAACCCAAAAGCUAUCUUAGAGACAACAUUGAGGAAUUAUUCCUGUUUAACCACUGGGGACAGUAUUAUGGUGGCAUAUAACAAUAAGAAGUAUUACAUAGAUAUUGUAGAGACAAAGCCAUCCAAUGCAAUAAGUAUCAUUGAGACAGACUGUGAGGUGGAAUUUGCUCCUCCCCUGGAUUACAAGGAGCCAGAAAGGCCUGCUCUACCCACUUCUUCAAGCAAGGCACUGUCUCAAGUUGAAGAAGCUCCUGCUGAGGCUGAACCAAAGUUCAGCGCCUUUACUGGUACAGCUAGACGCUUGGAUGGGAAGCCUCUGAAGCAGCAGCCUCCACCAGUUUCUUCAUCUGGGUCCAAAGACAAGGGGCCUGCUGUUUCCAAUGGCAAUAAGAGGCAACCUUCUUCAGGACCUAGUUCACAAAAUACCGCACGCCAGGCUCAGGGCAAGCUUGUAUUUGGAUCAAGUGUCAGCCGUCCUAAGGAAACAAAACAGGGAUCUGGAAAAGAGGUUAAACAGCAGCAGCCUGAAAAGAAGGAAGAUCCCAAGUUCCAGCCAUUUAGCGGCAGAAAGUACUCAUUAAAGGGUUGAUUAAAUUAAUCCACAACUUGUUAUGUUUACCGGCCUUUUGUCCGUAGAUGAAGCAACAGAAUUAUAUAUACAUCUGGGAUGUUGUGUUAUGAAAAGAUGUAGGUUUUUAUGUCAAAUUAGAAGAAGGAAGCCCUAACUUAUAUUCCAUUCUGUUGUGAACCUUGAGAGUUGACAAAGAAGAAAAAAAAAAAGAGGAUCUAAAAAAUUGACCUGCUAUUGUUUG